AUGCAACAUUUCGUCACCGAUCUGGGGAAGGAGCUUGCUGGAUGCUUCUCAGACAAGCUAUGGUGCGACACCCUUCCCCGCGUGGCACAGCAUGAGCCUGCAAUCUGGCAUGGCAUGGUCGCGGUCGCCAGUCUGGAUCUGGAAAUGCGUAAAAGGAGUGAAGCUCCUCCGACGGAUGUAGCAAUCAUGCACUACAGCAGAGCCUUACAGGCCUUACAAGUCCGUCUGGAGGAUCAUCGGUCACCUCCAAAAGACGUCGUAUCGCUCGCAUGUGUAGUCUUUGCUAUGUUCGAAUUCAAACAGGACCACCACCAAUCUGCCUUGCGACAUAUCUCCGGUGGCCUCAAAAUACUGACUGAGUGGCUACGCGGAGGGCUCCGAGGUAAUUCGUCGUCAGGUACUUACCUCGAUCGGGCAAAGCUCCAGGGAGUGUUCCUGUGUCUGGACGCACAAGCCAUCCACUUCGGCGUCAAGGACUUCCGGGAAUUCUUUUCUGGGCCUGCAUUGGACGACCACGUCAAGCUCACGGACUUCAGCAGCUUCGAGGACGCCCAUAUGUUCUUCAACCAGAUCUUCCACCGCGCUUCCCAUUGGAUCAAUUGGCUCGAUCCCGUGACUGCUUUGGGAACUCGGCCAAGCGAUGAGUGGAUGGCGUCAGAAAAAGAAACGCUCAAGACACAACUCGCAGCAUGGGAUACAGCAUUUGACCGCCUCGGAGCCACCGUCACUGCUCCGUACCAUCUCUUGUUGGCGACCCGGAAGAUCAUAGAGAUCGUCUUCGCGUGGAGCGAUGAUCCGUCAGAUCCGCUGGGUUGGGAUAAGUACCUGCCGGAGUUCAAAGAAGCGCUGUUCCAUGCUGAAGCCUUUCUGUCCCUCACAGUCGAGUCACCGAAAGGUGACCCUGGUCGACCUACACUGACGGUCGCAAUGGACAUCGUCAUGCCAUUGUUCCUAAUAGCGACUCGCUGCAGAGACACAGUUGUCCGCCACAAAGCGUUGAAACUACUGCAGACAUGCAACCGCACAGAAGGAAUAUGGAACGCGGCACAGUGCGCUAUUGUCGUGGAGCAGAUCAUCAAGAUGGAAGAGGCAGCUGCACUCGAGCAUGAUGGUCACGUCCCUGCCGAGGCGAGAAUGAUCUGCGCCGACGUUGAUUGUGUUGCCGACAAGGCGGCCAUAGUCGAGAUCCGUGUUCGUGACGAGAAGGACGAGCUCCACACCAUGGGACUACCGCUCCUACUCGUCUAA